AUGAAAACAACCUUCUACCUACAAAGAAAAAACAUCAAUGCCAGCCCACCUCCUUCAAUUGCUGAGCUGAAGACCGAGUGGCCAUAUCUUUUCACUCCGAGAGAGAUGUUCAGCCAUUUCAAUUUACUCACAGACAUUAACAUUCUGGAAAAAAUGGAGAAGGCUGUAGAAGAAAAGGGGAAGCUGAUCCUUAGGUUCUUCCAGCACAAGACAGCAGGGACCAGUGCAGAUGAGGUCGAGCGCAUCUUGGUAAAAUACAACAAAGAAGAAAAGUGUGAUCCAUGCCCAUGUGACGUUCUCACGACAACAAACUGGAUGCUGAGCAUUGAGGGCCAAGUGGUUGUGGGUCCACACCAGAACAUUGUGGCUGGAAUGGCAGUGUUUUUCUCGUGCUAUUACGUCUUCAACCUGGUGUACCAAGAGGAAGCAUCGAGCACACUGGAAUUCAUCCAAUGCUUGAAGGGAUUGGCUAAUGCUUCAUUAGGAUCAACCAACUCUGCACAAAGAUCACAAAGUGGUCAGUCAAGAAGUGGGAACGUGCAUGAGAAGAGGAACAACAGUGUCGGCCUUCAUGUCUCUUCACUUCUCAAAAGAUUAAUGGACUUUGAAUGGCUUUGA